CCUGGCAGAGGGAGAAGGAGGAAGUCUCGGGAAGAACGGCCUCUUGCUAGUCUAACCAGUCAGUGCACUUUGAAGAUUCUGAGUGGAGUGAUGUCUCCUAGUGACCUCAGUGUUGUUCAUAUUCAUGUUCCCAAGCUCUAACGGGGCAGUGUAAGCGGGAGGAGGACACUUUAGCACCUCCAGGGAGACAUAUUGAAGUUGCUGGAAUACUGCUUACUUGCUUUUGCUUCAGAACAGCGCGGGAGUAAUUUAUCAUCGUGGGACUAGUGGCUCUGUUGUGUGUUCCUGCGGGGGCGUGGAGGAGCGGUCAGUGCAGUGGAUGUAGUGGUCAGAGCGUGUUUAGAUACCGCCAGCUGAUCCAAAUAUACGUAAGCUUCCUUUGCUUCUCACCGGCCUUACGGAUCUUGUGAUGGACCCUUGACCAGCUGGGCACAUUUCUCCUCGCAGUGCUGAUGUGCUGAGAAAGAACGAGGCCAAAAGCCGUGUGUGAUGCAGGUGUGGGUGGUGGUGGCCGUGCUGGCUGGCGUGGCCGGGGCGGUGCUGGGUGAUGUGCCCUGCGUCAAUGUAGACAGUCAACUCACCCUGCCCUGCCUGUGUAAAAGCCGCAGUGGUAACAUUACUAUCAACUGCGACAAUGUGGCCUUCCCAGGGGACUUUCCUCUGUUACCCUUUAAGAUGAAUAUUGUCGAGUUCACGCAGAGAAACGCAGGAAUACAGGCUCUGCGAGGGCAGCUCUUCACCGCUUCUGACCUGCCUCUCAGGAAAGUCGAUUUCUCCCGCAAUGCCAUCCGUCGUCUCAACAUGGAUGUCCUGGAAGGCCUCGAGUCUCACCUGCUUGAGCUUCACCUCGACCAUAACCUUCUGGGAAACAACUUUAAUCCCAGCUUCUCCUUUUCUGAAGUUGCGAAGUUGACUGCGCUCCAGACAUUGAACUUGGCAUUUAACCAUAUUCGGGAGAUGGACGUUGGAUUUCUGGCAACACUAAUUAGCUUGGAAGUACUCCAUCUAGAAGGAAACAGUUUUCUGGCCAUGCCCACUCCUGCACUUAAAGGGCUAGACAAGCUGAAGGUCCUCACUCUGCAGGAGAAUGACAUAGACAUCAUCAAGAAGUCAGCCCUACUUGAGACACCCACCCUUGUCUUCCUCAAUGUAUCACACAACCGCAUUGUUAACCUUGAAGUAGAUGCCUUCAUGGAACUGUCCGAGCUUGUCACUUUGGACUUGUCAUAUAACAGACUUGCCAAUCUGCAAGGUGGAACUUUUAAUGGGCUGACCAAUCUUGAGGAGCUGGAUGUCUCUUCAAAUUUCUUGAUGGAGGUUCCUGCAGAUGCCCUGAAAGAUCUUACCAAGCUGAGGACAUUGGUGCUGCAUGACAAUCUCAUACAGACCUUGGGAGGCAUUGUUGCUCUUGGCCCCAUGGUGAAUAUCCAACACUUGGAUCUUACACGCAACAACAUUGGAGAACUCCCAACUGGUACUUUCCGGCAACUUUCUGGACUUAGAAUACUUAAGCUGGCUGUUAAUUCCAUGAGACAGGUGGAUGAGGAUGCAUUUGAUGGCCUAUCUUCAUUGGAGACGCUCCACUUGGAUGAUGACAAUAUCCUCUCCAUACCCUGGACAGCUUUGGCCAAGGUGGGAACCCUGACAGAGUUAUCGCUGGACUACAAUCGGGUUGGAGUGAUCUCAGCAGACAGUCUCCAGACACUCAUUGGGCUCCACCAGCUGUCCAUUGCUCACAAUAUCAUCAGAGAGCUACCACCAGGAACAUUCUCCAAUUUCACAUCUUUGAAGAGUUUAAACCUGUAUGGAAAUCAACUUCAGAACAUUAUUCCAGAAAGUUUAAUCGGCCUUCGAAAUAGCUUGAAGUCACUUAAUCUUGGCCUAAAUCGUCUCAGUGAACUACCACAAUUUGAUUUCCCACUGCUAGAGUCACUAGUUCUCUCUAAAAACAACAUAACUAUCCUUCCUUCUGAUGUUUUUGUUCUGCUGCCAGAACUCAAGAUGCUUGACUUGAGUGAGAACUAUCUCUCCUUGCUACCUGUUACUCUGUUACACCCAAUAAGAAAACUUUCCACUUUAGAUCUCAGCAAAAAUCAAAUUACAGAAAUUCGUCCUGGACAGUUCAAUGAAUCUUUUAUCAAUGUAAUAAAUUUCCAACAAAAUAAGAUACAAGAGAUCCCAAGUGAAGCCUUCAGAGAUUUGCUGUUCUUGCACACACUAGAUCUGAGUCACAACAUGAUAAGGAGUAUCAGUGAUGGUGCUUUUCUAAACAUUCCACUUAUUCAUGUUCUUCGAUUAAAUAAAAACAUGCUGCCAUCUUUCAAGAGGGAGUAUUUCAAACUUACUAUACCAGCACCAAAUACAGCUUUACGGAUUUUAGACUUGAGUAACAAUGAUAUCACUUUCCUGCAGCCUCGUGCUUUUACUUUACAUAAAAAACUUAACUGGCUCAGCCUUUCCAACAAUAGGCUGACUUUCUUUCCUUCAGAAAUUGUGGAUGAUCUUGUUGAUUUGGAACAUCUUGAUGCUCACAAUAACCAGAUUGAAAAGCUGGAAGACAACGAUUUUUCUAACUCGGUACGUCUGCGAGAGCUGAACCUUCAAAAUAACUUAAUAGCAUCAAUAGCUGAAACAGCCUUCCAAAAUUCAACCCAACUUCAAGAUCUCAAUUUGAGUCAUAACAAAAUCCAAGAACUUCCAGAAGAUGCAUUUUUGGGUAUUGCGCGGCUUCAUCUUGAUCUGAGUCACAAUGAACUCAUGGCUCUUCCAAAAAUGAUAUUCCAACGAACAAAGAUUCACAAGCUUCAUUCAGUAAAUCUGGCUUAUAACCUGUUUAACAAAGUACCUGUGGAGACCUUACGACAACAGUACUUUUUCCUAUCCUCACUGAACAUGGCCCACAACAACAUCAGUGGUGUACCAAGCAAUGCUGCCAUUUUAGUCAAUAUAAAGACACUAGACUUAUCAUACAACCCUCUCACUCCAGAGGAUAUAUUUACUUUGUUAAAUGAACCCAAGACAGUGCGGCAUCUCAGUCUUGCAGGUACAAAUGUGACAGAGAUUCCUGCAAUUGAAGCAAGGUUUUUGUUAUCUUUAAAUCUAUCAGACAAUAAUAUUAUUGAGGUCAAAGAAUCUUCCUUUCAAUUGACACAAAAUCUGCAGGAACUUGAUGUGUCUAAAAAUAAAAUACCCAAUCUUAGUUAUGGACUAGCUAUGGCUUGGCCUAAGAUACCUGACCUCAGGAAAUUAGAUAUAUCACAUAAUCCACUAGCUUAUAUUGUCCGUGGUGAUUUCAACUAUCUCGGCAAUCUUGAAGUUCUCCGAGCUUCUAAUUUGCUUCGAGUGGAGCACAUAGAGCGGCUUGCCCUUGGCCCUUUGCGGUCACUGAGAGAGCUUCACCUGCACACACUGCCCCAAAUUGCUGUGCUAGAUGUACGUGACAUCCUGGAAGGCCAUCCAGGCUUGGAGGUUGUGGAUAUUGAGUUAACUGACAGAGAAGUCCAUGACCAACUCCAUCCAGCAUUUUACCCUCGACUACGAAGUUUAACUGUGCGAGGUCGCUCUGUGGAAGCCUUAUCUGGAGGUGCCUUUGCUGGCAUCAAUAGUCCAGAGUUGACUAUUGGACUUAUUAAUACUAAUAUCAGCAACUUGUUGUCAAACUUCUUUUUCCCAGUGCCAAUGUCUUCAAAAAUUGUGCUUGACAUUUCAGAGUCUGGUAUUACUUCUCUCAGCCCUCAGUUCUUGAGUACUCUGGAUUCCAAACAGCGCCAUCUGAGUCUCAUAGGACUGGAUUCCAAUCCACUAUUUUGUGAUUGCAACAUUCGUACUCUGAGACGCUGGCUGUUAGGACGGGGCCCCCGAGACAGACUCUUUAAUGUGACCUGUGAUGCUCCGGCAAGCCUAAAUGGCACAAUUUUGACAUCAUCAAGUGAGGCAGACCUUACCUGUGAAGGUCGACCCACUACUACAACCACAGACCCUCCUUUGUUUACAACAACUCGACGUCGGCCAACCACUACAGACAACAUUAUUACAUUUGAUGACAUGACACAUCGAACAAACACUGGCAAGGAUAAAAGUGAAGAUCUGAAAUCUCCUUCACGUACAAGUGCUGGGCUCAAUAUGGACACAGUUAUCAUUGGUAUAGUGGGUGGAGUUGUAGCAUUUGUGGCAAUAUUGAUUAUCAUCAUAUGCCUUAUUCGUCUUCGCUCAGACUCUCAGUAUCGUGGAGGUCCCAUGGCGGGUCCAUUAGCAAUGAGGAAUCAUGGAAAUUGUACUUGCCUGAAACCUCCCCAACCACCUGGUAGCUGGGCUGGCUAUCCAGGCCCCUAUGCUGCAACUCUACCCCCACCUCCCUCUUCCCGUGCUGGAACGCUGAAAAUGCUGCCCCCACCAGCCACACCUAUUCCCUCAGCGUAUGGAACAGUAGGAGCAAACAGUGCACGAGGAUAUUAUCCAAACCAUUCCUAUUACAUGGGUUAUCCCCCAGAGAGUGAACAUGAACACCGGUAACAAGGCAGUAGGGACACAACGGGUCAUACCUGCUGUGCAUUUGCUUCUGUUCUCAAUCAUUUUGGCUAGAAUGUGCCAUCCUUGGGCCUCAUCACAGUGCCCUGCCUACCCUCUUCAGCCCCACAAAACUUGUUCAUUUCUUUCAUCUGAUGUCACAAGGCAUUUCUCACUUUAACAAUCUUGGGCUGUUGUAUGUAUAUAUUUUAUAUACUAUGUAUGUGCUAUGUAAUUAAGUAUAAUGUUUUGAGUGAGUUUAAGAGUAUAUAAUAUUUUCAUCUAGAACUAAGGUGCCUCCACAAAUUUUACCUUUGAAGACACUACUAUAAUGAAUGACCAACAUGCCUUGUAUAUCUUGUGACAGCAACUUCUGACACAAAGGCCAUGAUAAGACCUGCUGCUCAAUAUAUACACAAUUACUAUUCACUCUGAUCCUGUCAAUUCAAGUUCAUUUGGAGGCUUAUGUACAGAGUUUUGUAAAAAUAUGAAUGUUCUUAAUAUACAGUAGAUUUUUAUAUGAAUGAAACUUUCAGCAACUAACAUAACUUACAAAUAAAAAUGAUUGUACAGUGUUACUUGUAAAACUGUACCUUACAAGGUAAAUUUAUGAACUUAAAAGACUCUCAUGCAAAACAAAUGAACUCUGUUUAAAUGGGAGAAAUGUUAAUUUUGAAAAGGCAGCUCCUUGUUGAAUGGAUAGGUUUUAUGAAGAUGUCCGUCUGCAACUUGUUUGUCAGGUUACAUAUUUCUGAGGAGGAUCCUCCUUGGAAAACUUUUCUAUGACUUGUUAUAUUUAUUAACUUAUUACUGUCUGUACUUUGUUUCAUCACUUAUCCUUACUCUAUGCAUGACCAAACCUAAUCUACUUGUCUUCAUUUGUUUGAUGGAUUAAUUUUGAAUUAAAGUUUUAACUAUUCA